AUGAUGGGACCUUUCUUCUAUUUUACUGCAUAUGUCUCUCUCCUCUUUGCUUUUACUCAGGCUCUACCCACCAUCAAUGGUGCAACCGCUGGUCUCUUCUCAAUCGAGCAGAAGCAAUAUCGCUCUAAUAGAGUAAACUGGCCACCCUACGAGUUAUGGAGGACCCUCAGGAAACACCACAGACCGCCACCGCGCGGUAUGACAGCAGUUUCCCGCAUAAAAGCCUACGGAGAACACACGAUCAACGGAACUGUUGAAGUCACACCCUCAGAGUAUGAUACGGAGUUUGUCAAUGAAAUUACAGUUGGAAAUGAUACCCUCUAUGUUGACAUUGACACUGGUUCCUCGGAUUUCUGGGUAUUUUCGUCUCAACUCCCGGAGCAAUCGCAACGAAAUCAUCGUAUUUAUCAUCCAGAAGAAACAGGCACAAAAUUACCAAAACAUACUUGGGAAUCAAAGUAUGGCGAUGGGACUGGAGCCGCAGGCAAUGUGUUCCUCGACAAAGUUAACCUUGCUGGAUUGAAAGUAUCAUCACAGGCAGUAGAAGCUGCAACAUGGGUGAGCUAUGAAUUUGUCGAUCAACAAACAACAGAUGGGGUUAUGGGGUUUGGAUUUGACAAUUUUAACCUGACCUGCCUGAAACAUCAGGCUCCCGGAUUCUAUGACUUUGGUUUUAUAGAUGGCACGAAGCAUGUGGGAAAGCCAACCUACCUCCCUAUCGACAGUUUGAGAGGCUGGUGGGAAACCACAUUUAACGGUUUUUCGGCUGGUGAUAUUGAUAACUCUACAUAUCGUUUUAAAGCCGUAAUUGGUAUUAACUUUGAACUCCCAGAUACUGGAACCACAUUCAUGCUCCUCCCCAAACAAAUAACCGAACAGUACUAUUCCACUGUCCCCGCUUCGAUGUAUGAUCGCAAUAAUGGAGGCUGGGCUUUUCCAUGCAACACCACUCUCCCCAACUUCACUAUUCAUAUCAACGAUCAUAAAGCCAUUGUGCCAGGAGAGCAUAUCAGGUGGGCACAAUUACCAGGGACUAACACAUGCUUUGGUGGUCUUCAGCCUGUAAACAACCCGCCUGCUAUCCUUGGGGGCACAUUCUUAAAGAGUCAGUUUGUCAUAUUUGACUAUGAUGGCCCAAAGAUUGGGUUUGCUGCUCAAAGGAAUUAG